GAUCAUAAUUUGGUAUCAUGCCAACAUUCUUCAAUACACUCGGGGACGGUAUAUUUACCAGUACAAUUAGUUGUAAGCAUGUCUUUUAUGUAAUGUUGAAAGACAAAUAAAACGUCAAUAUUACAAUUUAAAUUGACAAUAGACAAAACAAAUAUUGAAUAUUGGAUUUUCGAAAUAACGAUCAGUUUUGAGGUCUGUCUGUACAUCUUCGUAGACGAGUGCCAUUAUUGAGUCUAAAUUGUUCGAAAACAGCAGAGACCUACCGAUAAUUCGUACUUUCAGAAGCUAUGGCCACCUUCUUCCAGGUAGAAUGGCUAGCUAAAAAAGAUAUCGAACCAAUGUAAAGCUAUAAACUAUCACCAUUCAGUAAUAUGUACAAAGCAAAAAGGAUACAUAAAUAUUCACCAGAUACCGGUGAUCCAUAUAGUGAUGAUAACUAUUAUUCAGAAGAAGAGGAAAGAGUUUACUACAAGUAUCCUCAAAGAAAACGCUUGAUAAGAUUUGUACCGUCGAGGAUAGUUUCCGAACAGCAUGAUGGCAGAAUUAUGAAAAGGUAUAGUGUGCGCCAAAACGAACCAGAAAGAGACCGCAUAAUGUAUCCGUCAUCUCAUAUCGUCAGGGAAACAAAUUCUGAAACCGAAAGUGAAACUCGAUCUUCUUCUGAUUAUUACAGAGAUAAUACAGUUUAUAAAGUACAUGUCAUUCAAUCGAAGCAAACUGAAAAACGGAAUAAUAAAACACCAAAUUUGAAUAAAAAAGAAGAACUUGAAACAUAUUCGUAUUCUUCUCCAUCUUUCCGAUUUGUUCGCAGAGAAAAUUCGGAAAGUGAAAGUGAAACCGAAUCUUCUACAGAUUACAGCAAUCAAACUAAACAACAGAUGCAAAGGUCGAAAAUGGAAACUGCGAGGUUUUCAAAUUCAUCCCCAAGACGUGUCGUAACUUAUCACAUCAUUGAUGAUCCGUCUGACCGAAAAAUAGAGCGAAAUAAAUCGAGUAAACUUGGUUCUUUCAAUAAAUCCGAUAAUAUUGUUCGACGUAGGAUAGAAACUCUACCUCGAACUCGACAUCAUGAAGGUGAAAAACGAAGACAUAACUUGCCCUAUCAAACUAAACCUGCAUUGAAUAACAAUGAUGGUGUUACCUUUCUCCGACCCUAUAGAGAAAUUCGUAGACAGAAUGAGAUAAGUGAGAACAAGAGGAUUGUCAAAAAUAUACAACAACCUUUCCCUAACAGAAGAAAAUCGAAAGGGUCUUUUGAAAGUUACUCGUAUACAAGUUCAGAUGAAAGUUCUGAAUCAGAUAGUAGCGAUGGAUAUACAACUGACAGUUCUGCAAUUGAACAAAAUGACAGAUAUAAUGCUCAGUCUACGAGAUCAACACAGACAGAAUGUCUUCUCGUUGAUUAUUCGAAAGUGGUAAAAUCAAGAGAAGAGCAAAGAAAAUACGAACAAGAACGACGACGACAUGCACAGGAAAGGCAUAUUGUAAGUUUAGUUCAAAAUGAAGUUAACAAACCACGUUUAAACUCGAACAUUACCGGCGAUUCACGUAUAACCGCUACUAUCGAAAACCCAGCAAAACCACUUCCUAGCAAUACAAAGGGGACAAGCACAUUGGAUGAGCAAGAGAAACUAAACGACAUUAAGGAGAACGUUAGGAUUGAUUUGGAAAAGAAGGAAAAAGAUGAGAGACGCAAUCAAUUAGAAGUAUGGACAAAUCCUAAGCUCAAUUCUGACAAUCGGCAAACAAUUUUAAAUAAUUAUAAACAGGACCAUAAUGUGUAUAAUUUUGAUGAUCGUAGAAACAACUCCAAAACAUUAACUGACAAGCGAGACGAAGCACCUGACAAUAUUGACGUAAAAAUAUAUUACGAUGAAAAUUUUGAAUCGAUGUACCCGCAGCCACGUAAAAAAGGUUGCCAGUUAGUUUAUUAUAUAGAUUUGAGACCACCUACAGAAAUAGUAGAUCCGAAACCAUUUGACGUAUUUGAACGACGCAUCGUGCCUCAACCGAAACGUAAGAAAAAACAUCCCGAUUAUGCAGUCAAGGUUGGUGGCGGAUGGAAUACAAUGAACGACUACAUGGAAAGACAUGAACCGGUGAAGAGAUUCGUUUACGAAAGAGAGCAUUUAAAAAACUCUGAUUUACCGGAAUCAAAGAAAAAGUACUAUGGAUUCAGAUCAAAUUAUAAGUCACCACGACAUAAUCAAACUUAUUGUACUACAUAAAUAAAUACUACUUUUCAAGACUUAAAGUAGUACAUGUUAUGAAGCUUUGAGGUCCGGACCGAUGUUGUUAGUCUACCACGGUACCAUUUGCAAUGUAUCAACUGUUUUAUCGUACAUGCUAUUUUUUUAUUAAAAAUUUUUAUUUUGUAACUGUGUAUUUGUAUUUGAGCGAAGGUUUCA